AUGGAAGAAGAAUCGAUUUUUGGCUCAUUUGACGCGGCGGGGGCCUCGGGGGCCCCCGGCGGGCUCCCAGACGUCGCCUUUGCAAGUUUUGCAGAAAGCCGGAGUUCUGCGGCUGAGGCCCCUCUUUCGCUGCGCAGCGAAGCCCCAAACGAAGACAAAAAUGAAGUGGAUCCUUUGGCUCUCAAACUGGCGGCGGAAAUAAAAGCGGCCGCGGCGAGCGCCGCCGCCGCCGCCGCGCGGCCCUGCGCAGUGCCGCUGCGAGUGAGCAAUUUGCGGCAAAUGGAACUCGAAGCUGCUUCUGGAGAAACUUUAAUUUCUUUAUUUGCCAAUUUGCUGCAAAGUUUGGACAAAAUGCUGCGAAAGGUGCAGCAGCAGAAGCAGCAGCUGCAGCAGCAGCUCGGCCGCGACGCCCGCGCGCUCUGGAGUGGCGUCGGGGACGGAAAGGACUUUGAAGGGCUGUUUGCUGUCGGAGGCGAGGGUGAUUUUGAAGGUGACUUUCCCGCUGAGCGCAAAGAGGGCAGGAGCCUCUCUAUUGCCUUUCUGAAAAAAACCACCAGCAUGAAUUUCUCUGCAGACUCGAAGCCUCAGGUGCAGCAGAUCUGCGAACAGCUAAUUGACAAGUUUGCUGCCCGUUUGGUGAAAGAUAAUUCUUUGUCUCUCCCUCAAGAGACACAAGAAGAGUUCCUCAAGGCAUGGAGAGAAGGGACAGCUGAACGACUGCGUGACCAAUCUCUCUCUUUCCUUCAAACGAAUUCGAAGGGGCCAACCUGGACAGCGGAGGGCUAG